AUGGCACACCAGGCACAUAUCAUUCCCUGGCAGACACUGGUCGACAAUCUGAAAUACAAGCACUGCAAUCCACGCAACCACGGCAUCACAAAUCUGUACCUGCGCAACACGAGGCCCCACCAGGAGAAGGAACUGCAGUACUUUGUCGGCGGCUUUGAUCGUGCACUGUCAAAAUAUUCCGCAAUUGAACGCAAAAAAUACGAUGUGCUCGUGGUACCCCCUCAGUUGGACGAUAAGGUUAUUUCAGAAGAUGCGAUCAAGAAGAUGGCCAGGACAGUGCUUCGAUACAAAGGCAAACUUGAUACCACACACACUUCCGACUCUCUCGGCGGUGUGCUUUCCUCAUUCGAGUGUACCACUAGACGAUUUGUAUCCGAUACAUACCCGGGAGACAGCGAAAUGUGCGACUGCAUUCACGACGCUUGUGAACAAACAAAAGCAAUGCUACUACAUGGAGAGAUGGACUCGUUAUUGCGACUGGCGGCGCACCCCUCUGUAUACUUUCACAAGUUUUGGGAUGAGAAUCAGUAUGCGAAUGCGCAGGGCUUCGGCCUAAGCAAGCUCAAAGAUUCAGCAAUUCAGGCAUACAUUUGCCUCAAUGUGAUGUUUCUCAAGCCUGAGCUGUAUAACCCAGUUAGUCGUAAGGCGUUCAUUCAGGAACAAGCCAAGGCAAACCGAACAACAUUCCAGCCGGACUUGUACGAUUAUCGGCUGACAGCAGCAUAUCAGCAUAUGUUGUUGUGCUGCACGGGUGUCUCUUACGGGCUGGGCCACUACGAAGCACACACAUAUCCACAUCGCGAAUUUUUCGGCAUACCGCGCGGCAUGCUCCAUGUCGAGUCUACCAACUUCCCAUACAAGCGCCAACCGAGGAGCCAUCUCGGGACGAUCCACAUUUCGGACCUUGUUGAUGACCAGUUCAAGGGCAUAUACAUGGCUUCAAAGGCGGAUGUUCCCAUUGUGUUGGAGCUGAUAAAAACGAUGGGGCUACCUACCGAGCUCGCUUUGCAUAUCAUGAGCAUGGCAGAUUACACGCCCGUAGGGCGAAUGUUUGUUCGUGACGAUCCACUGCAUUCCGCAAAUACAGAUGAGCUGAAGAAAUAUUUGUGCUAUUGCUGGAAGUUGCUUGUCAGGAUUGAUAUGCUAUGUAAAGCAAGUGGCCAGUGGCUAGAUUGGGAAGCUGAAGCGACAGACGCGAUAUGUACUUUGUUCGAAAUGAACAGCCCUAGUCGCCGUAAAGUACAGAAAGUUUCCCACACUGGCACUGAAUUCAGUGGACGGACACAGAAAGUUGUAUUCGUAUAA